GCUUAGUUUUCAAGUCCAAUGCAAAGUCAUAGCUUUCUGUCUCUCACUUCACACAUAAUACGCUACUUUAUUCUCACUCUCACUUAUAAAUCCAAUUCUGCGGAGAGAGAGAGAGAAAGGGAGUAAGAGAGAGAUUGGGAAAAACUCAAAUCGAUCACAAACAUGGCGGACACACUCGCAGCUUUGAGGUCUUUAAUGACUUCUCAUUCUCCACCUCUCGAUGCCUUGGUCGUCCCUUCUGAAGAUUAUCAUCAGAGUGAGUACGUAUCUGAAAGGGACAAAAGGCGUCAAUUUGUAUCUGGAUUCUCUGGAAGUGCUGGUUUGGCACUUAUUACGAUGAAUGAAGCACUUCUCUGGACCGACGGGAGGUACUUCUUGCAGGCAGCACAGCAGCUAAGUGACCAGUGGAAGCUCAUGCGCAUUGGAGAAGACCUGUCUGUGGAUGUCUGGAUGGUUGAUAAUCUGCCGAAAGAUGCUGCUAUUGGUAUCGAUCCUUGGUGUGUAGCAGUUGACACUGCACAGAAAUGGGAGCAUGCUUUUGCCAAAAAGCAACAAAAGUUGGUUCAAACAUCCACAAACUUGGUUGAUGAAGUUUGGAAAGACCGGCCACCAGUUCAAAUUAAUCCUGUAAAUGUCCAACCUUUGGAAUUUGCUGGUUGUUCUGUUGCAGACAAGUUGAAGAAUCUGAGGGAAAUGCUCAAGCAGGAGGGAGCUCGUGCUAUUAUUAUCACAACACUUGAUGAGGUUGCUUGGUUGUAUAAUGUCCGUGGGAAUGAUGUUUCCUAUUGCCCAGUUGUUCAUGCAUUUGCUAUAGUAACAUCUUUCUCAGCUUUCUUUUAUGUAGACAAAAGAAAGUUGUCUUCCGAGGUAAACUCUUAUUUGGAGCAAAAUGGAAUUGAAGUUCGGGACUAUGGUGUAGUGAGCUUGGAUGUGGUCUUGCUUGCAUUGAAUCAGCUCACUCCUUCCCCUUCAGCUAAUGAAACUCUAUCUAAUGUCCCAAAGGACAUGGAAACUGGAAAUGGUACAAGUGAAGCAGAAGAGAAAAUUCAUAACCUUAUCUGGGUUGACCCUGGCUCAUGCUGUUUUGCUUUGUAUACAAAAUUGAAUUCUGAUCAGGUUCUCCUAAAGCCGUCACCUUUGGCCCUUGCAAAAGCUAUCAAGAACCCUGUUGAGUUGGAUGGGUUAAAAAAAGCACACAUUAGGGAUGGUGCAGCUGUUGUGCAAUAUCUUGUCUGGUUGGAUAAGCAGAUGCAAGAAAUUUAUGGGGCUUCUGGUUACUUCAUUGAGGCAGAGAGUAUGAACAAGAAAAAACGUCUGGAAACGAUGAAGCUGACAGAAUUGUCUGCAAGUGAUAAACUAGAGGGCUUCCGUGCAUCAAAAGAGCAUUUUAGAGGGUUGAGUUUUCCUACUAUUUCAUCUACUGGUCCCAAUGCGGCAAUUAUCCAUUAUGCACCAGAUGCAGAAAAAUGUUCAGAACUGGAUGCGGAUAGUAUCUAUCUAUGUGAUUCAGGAGCACAGUAUCUAGAUGGAACAACUGAUAUAACACGGACAGUUCAUUUUGGAAAACCUUCGGCACAUGAGAAAGCUUGUUAUACUGCGGUCCUCAAGGGUCACAUUGCAUUGGGUAAUGCUUGCUUUCCAAAUGGAACCAACGGGCAUGCUCUUGACAUUCUUGCUCGAAUUCCUUUGUGGAAUGAUGGGCUUGAUUAUCGACAUGGUACUGGUCAUGGUGUUGGGUCUUACUUAAAUGUCCAUGAGGGACCUCAUUUAAUUAGUUUCAGACCGCAUGCUAGGAAUGUACCAUUACAAGCUUCAAUGACCGUGACAGAUGAACCUGGUUAUUAUGAGGAUGGGAACUUUGGUAUAAGAUUGGAGAACGUGCUGAUCGUCAAGGAUGCUGGUACAAAGUUCAAUUUUGGUGACAAGGGUUACUUGUCAUUUGAGCACAUAACGUGGGCGCCGUACCAGAAAAAGUUGAUCGACACAAGCCUUUUAACACCUGCAGAAAUAAACUGGGUGAACACCUAUCAUUCAAAAUGUAGGGAAGUCCUUGCCUCAUAUUUGGAUGAUACUGAAAUGACAUGGCUGAAGAAAGCUACCGAACCUAUAAGUGCUUGAGCGGUUCCUCUCUCUGCUCUUGGGAGAGUUGAAAGAACCCAAAGCCACGAAUGCACCACUCUUUCUUCUCCAUCCUCCUUCAACAGCUCCCAAAAAACACGUAAUGCUUUAGAGGGUUAAUUACCUUCGUAUUUAGUUAUUUAGCCCCCCAUUAUCUGUAUUUAAUGGAAAAUAAGUUAGCUUGGGCAUCUUUGGACUGUUCAUAAUGUCGUACUUCUGAUAUGCCUGUUUCUUUUUUGGUUUUCUUCUUUUGCCUUUUUUCUUUGAAAAAUGAUUGAAGCCUCGAAAUUUUGAGGCAUUGUAUUUUUUUUUUUUGGGGGGGCGGCUGUGUUGGUUUGAUUUUUUUUUUCUUUGCAAGUGUGGUUAUGUGUAGGGGUGUGUUAAAAAAUUAGACAUCCUAUAUCAACUCAGCUUAUGUAGUUUGAUAAGGUGAGUGGGGUUACACUGAUUGGGUGAUAAAAUUGACUGAUCAGUUAGGUUCCUAGUUAAAAUUUAUUAAUUCUAUAUAGUUUUGUACGAGUCUAUAUUAUAUUUUUAUUUCAAAUCAAGAAGAUUUGGAGGAAAUUUAAAUCAAAGUCAUUUCAAUUUUCUCUGAGUCUUCCUAAUUUGAAAUAAAAAUAUAGUAAAGGCUCGUACAAAACUGUAUAGAAUUAACAAAUUUUAGCCAGCAGUCUAACUGAUCAGUCAAUUUUAUCACGAAAUCAGUCCAAUCCAACUCACUCACCUUAUCAAACCAAACAGGUUGAGUUAGUGAGAGAUGUCUAGUUUUUUAACGCACUCCUAUGCAUAACCAUCCUUUAAAAAAUAAAAACAAAACAAACUCACACAGCAAAAAAAAACAAGAACUCCAUGAUUCAUGGCAUUCAAGCCACGAAAUUUCAAGACCUCUAGCACAACUAUCUUUC